AUGAGUUUGCACAACGAUCGGGCGCGUUCCCAGUCGCCAAGCGUAGAUGACGAUCCAGAUCUCGCGUUAGCCAUUGCACUUUCUUUACAGCAAGAGGAAAUCGAGAACGAGGACAAAACUAAGGAUGCGCAAUCUGCAACGAAGCUCCCGACAUCGUUGUCGGCCACUAACACAGGCCCGUUGGGGCUUUUGGCCCUCGACCGCAAAAAGAUGGAAGAGGAACGCAUAGCAAGACUGAAGAAGCGUUCAGCUACAGAGGCUGGUAUCGAUACCCAAUCCUCACAGAGAUCAAAGUUGCAACGCCCUAAGGCCUCCGAGAGCCACAAGGUUACUGGUACUGUAAAGUCCAAGGCAGCAACACCAGCCGCAAAUGCUUUGGAAUUACCAUUUCCGAAAGGAGCGUUCAAGCGCACUUGGGCCUACGGCUGCCCCAGAAACGGGGAAGAUAUCAAGAUUGAGGAAGUCCUUCAGAAGGACAAAUUACAGCUGGCCGUGCUCUCAUCCUUUCAAUGGGACGAGGAAUGGCUUCUCUUGAAGGUCAAUGCCCGAAACACCAAGAUGCUUCUAGUCGCCUACGCAAACAACGAUGCCGAGAUCUUGAAGUAUGAAGGUUACCUCCGUAUUGUCAUUCCUUCCGGCAAUCUGGUUCCUUACGACUGGGGAGAGACGGGCCAGCUGGAAAACGUUUGA